GGAAGGGCAGCACAAAAGCCGGGGUGCAAGGAAUAUAAAGAAAAAACAUUCUUUAUCACAAUUUCCAAAUAAUUUAACGGAGGGAGGUCCAAGAGUUGUCAGGGGAAAGACUAGAGAAGCUGCGCAUGUUGGGGUUCAAAGUCUACCGAAAUGGUGCUCUAGGCUAAGAACUUUGGCGUAUGGAGCUGUGUCAUCUAGAUAGGGAAGUCACAGAAGCUAGAAGAUGCAGUUUGGCAGGUGGCUGCUCUGGGCGACCUGUCUCUAUACCUGGGCAGAAGGAUCACGCCAUUGUCAGUGCCAAUGCACUUGUCUACCUGAGCAAGGAUUGGCUGAGAGGUCCAAGACACAGGUCAAGGAGCAUGUCCGUCAUCAAGUAGAACAUCGUCCUCAUAGGGACAAGCCACACCGGAGAAAAGGGUCCAGACUAAAGGCAGAGGGGGUUGAGGUGCCCCCGCGGAUCGUCCACCACCCCUCAGAUGUGGUGGUCAAGGUAGGCAGCCCCGCCACACUGUCCUGCCGUGCUGACGGCACACCUGAGCCCACCAUCCAGUGGCUCCGUAAUGGCCAGCCCCUGGAGAUGGCCAAGCUGGAUAGCCAAUCCCAGCCCAUUGUCCUGCCGGAGGGCAGCCUCUUCUUCCUGAGCGUGACGCCAGGAAGACGGAGUCAGUCACACGAAGGCGUGUACGCAUGCAUGGCAAGAAACAGCGCGGGCAAGGCCACCAGCCGCAAUGCCUCUCUUUAUAUCGCAGCUCUGCGAGAGGACUUCCGGGUGCAGCCAAGUGAUAUGGAGGUGGCAGUGGGGGAGGUGGUGGUGAUGAAUUGCAGCCCACCGAUGGGCCACCCUGAACCCAAUGUCACCUGGAGGAAGGAUGGGGUCCCCAUCCAUAACACCGACCAACACUACACUGAGCUAAAUGGAAAGUUGAUCAUCGCCCCUGCCCAGAAGAAUGACUCUGGAAUGUACAUCUGUGUGGCCUCAAACACUAUUGGAGUAAGAGAGAGCAGGGCCGCCCGCCUGUCUGUCCUAGCGAAGCCUGUGUUGGUGCUGAAGCCUCAGGAUGUGUCGGUGGAGAUAGGGGAGUCCGCCCAAUUCUCAUGUGAAGCGAAAGGAGAUCCCAAGCCUGCUGUGAAGUGGAGCCGUGAGCAGGGCACUUUGCCCAAUGGCAGGUAUCUAGUGAAUCCAGACCAGAGUCUCCAGAUCCACUUUGUAACGGCACAGGAUUCUGGGAGGUAUACCUGCACAGCUGUCAAUGAUGUGGGGGUGGUCACUGCCAGUGCACAGCUACUGGUGGAGGAAGCCCUAAGCACCAGACAGAGGGAACUUCACAAAGAGUUGUCGGCACUGCGUGUGGCUCUGGAGAACGUGACGGUGCUGUCUCCAAACUCCAACAUGUCUAAAGUACAAUGGAAGCUCCAGUCUUUUCCAACACAGCCUCACUACCUGGAUGGUUUUGAGGUCCUCUAUCGCUCUCUCCAGCCUGCUAGUUCGGACUGGGCUGCUAAGAGGGUGGUACUACCCAACUUUCAAACCCUAGUUGGUCCACUCAAGAGGGGCUACAGGUAUGAGUUCAAAGUGCGUCCCUAUGGCAGCAACCUGUAUGGGCGAGAGAGCAACACCAGGCACCUACGGAUACCUGAGACAGUGCCGAGCGCCCCACCUCAGUCCAUAUCCAUAACAAUGACCCCCGACCACAAUGACACGGUCAUUAUGACCUGGGAGCCUCCCCCCUAUGAAACUCACAACGGCAUCAUUCAGGGAUACCAGGUGUGGUGUGCGCAGUCAGAGAAGCUUCAAUACCUGAACUGGACAGUGGACAGUGGGACCCAUAGUCUGGAAAUAACUGCUCUGGACCUUGGAAAACAGUACUGGAUCCGGGUGGCAGCAGUCAAUGGAGCUGGCAUUGGGGUGCAGAGUAACCCCUAUAGACUGGUCAUAGAUUCCCAGAGUUACCAGGCCCCCGAGUCAGACGGACCCAGUAAUCUGACUCGCGUCCUGUCUGUGCUUAGAGACCCAGCAUUCAUUGGGAGUGUUGGCGCCCUCCUGUGGUGCACCCUGAUGGUGACAGCCGCCUGCCUGUACCGCCGCCACACCCGGCCCAGCAAACAGCUAGGAUGCGGCAACGGCACAGCCAAAGGUUUGUACAAGUUGGCCAGUGAGGACCUCAUCAUCAAACACAGAAUGGCAGCACCAGACUCUCCUUGGAUUUCAGGUGUGUGGAGACCGGCUCAGAGUGAGGAGAAGUCCCAGGGCCUGUGGGCUCAGAGCCAGGGGAGCCCUGGCUUCAGGAAAAUCCCGUUGCCCAUCACAGCCAAGAAGGACCCCGGCUCCCUGGACUCGGCUGUUCCCAUCGUGGCCGACAGUUGUGGUGUCUAUGGGACAUUUUAUGUGGAUCUGGCGGGAAAUGGCCUCAAGACCUUCAACAGCCCUGCCCGAUGCCCCAAGAGACCUCACUGCCACACCUCCUCACUUUCCUCUCAGAAUGGAACAGAGACCGUGCGCAUUUCCCAACCUCCCACCGUCAUCAAGACCACACUCUGCCAGGAUGGCCAGGUGUUGCCAUGGAGACCGGCCCUGCCCCCUGCCCAACCCAAGAUGGGUGUGCUCAAGGAGUCGUGGGAAAAGAACUACAAGCGAGAGCUCCAUGCUGUGAACAGUGCCCCUAUGGUGUCACCAAGGAGCCAAGCACUGGCUGUAAGGGAAGUGCCUUACAGACAGAGGCUCAGCCAGCUCCCACCAGGUGGUCGUUCAGAGUGCAUCAAGCCCAUGGCGUCGCCCCGCAUCCUGCACUACUCCGCUUCACUGCAACUAGUGGACAUGUUGUCGACACCACCCCCACUGCCCAUGGACGAUACGACCGACACAUAUAGCCUCAGUUCAGAGGAAGGGUCUAGCAGGUCCACUAAGCUUACGGUAGAUGCCGGGUCUCGCCAGUCUGUGUGCACUGCCUCUGGUCACCGCGGGCCCCCCACCAGCAACACUGGCUGCCCCUCCUACAGCCGCUUGUCCACAGCCUCCUAUGGCCUGUCACUGGAUGAGGAGCAGGAUGGGACGAUAACCUCACAUGAUAACCUCACUCAGUACCUGGAGCUCAGCCCCAGGGCUGGGAGGCUCAGCAACAUGUCGGACACUCCUCCCUCCUCCUUGUCCCGCCCCUUCUCUCCCACACCCACCUUGGGCUACAUAUGUGGGCCCCUUCCCUCUGACCAACUGGAAGACGGGACGACUGAUGACCAGGAGUCUCAGCCAAUGGGUUUACGGCCGUCCAGGUUUCAGAGCACGCCUUCGUCGCUCUGCAGCGAAUGGGAGGGGUCGCUGUGGAACGGCUGGGGCUCUGUGUCAGAGGGCAAUAUGGAAAACAGUGCCCGCACCAGCCUCAUCAGCUCAUCAGACGGCUCAUUCAUGAACGACGCCAACUUUGCCCACAUGCUGGCCACCGUGGCUGCUGAGUCCAUGAGCGGAGCAUCCUACUCAGACUUCUCUCCUCCAGCAUCGCCCCUCAGUGCCCUGUACCCUACGGCUCGAGGGGAGUGUUUCGGGGAGCUGGAACCCAUGCCCAUUUGGGACUGGGGCACCGCCUGGGUUGAGGAGAUGGAGGCACAAUACCGAGCCAUGUACCCCUCCCAGGCAGCAGCACCCCCAGGUUGCAACACCUGGGCUCUUCGCCGCAGUGAUCGUCACGGUGACGAUCGUCAAGCCACAGGAGGGGCUGGGCGUGGGGGACAAGGGGAGUUGAAGACGACCUCACAGCGAUGAUUGAUUUAAUGUCGAUGACUCGUUGAUCAAAUCCAUGUCAUUGUCAAGACAUGCAUUUGAAGAUGCAAACCAAGAUGUUUGGCCACUGGCUGGAAAAGUGAUGCUGUCAAGUCAAAAGUGUGUAAUAUGUUAUGUAUGUGCCAAUUUGUACCACUUCAUCAAAACUACUCGCUUUCAAACUUGGAAUGUCAUGGUUAACAGGCAUGACAGUGAUUCUACUGUUACAGUAUGCUCAUAUAAUAAAUAUAUUAUACAUACAGCCCAACAGGGGAGUUUUAAAAACAUGAUUUUGUUAAUCGAAAUAUUCCCAGAAUGCAACUUUAAUUUACAAUUUUCUUUUAUUACCUAGGUCAUCAUAGAAAAGCCUUUUCCCCGAGUGGUUUACCAGUCAUGAGUAAUAAUGUGACCGGGGGUUUAAAUGGAGUUGACCUUUUAAUGACUCCUGUCCUGACCACUAUUGGCUGCCUAAACUAGGUUUACCACAAUACCUCAGUGCCGUGUCUACUUUUAAAAUGUAAUUACUAGAGUGGCCAUCUUGUAUUUUUAUAGUGUCUCCUAUGUUUUGUGUUCCCCAUAUGACUUGGUGUGGGUAGGGCUCUGCAGGAGUUGAAUAACAAAACCCUCCACUAAAAACAUUUUCAUUAAAAUUCUGUCAGAUAACGUCCUACCAGGUUGUUCCAGAGCAACUAGUCGCAGAGUGUUAUGCUUGCAGUGACACUGUAAAACAGUUAUUAUAUGUUUCUGAGUUUUCCAAGGGCUAUGAUCCACUAAGCCUGGUUAAAACCUACUGACUGCACAGUGGUGAGCACAGCGUUUAAUCUGCUUCAACCAUGCUAUGAUCCUCUCAUAUUACAGCAUAUUGAAAACAAGAGGGGCUAAUUUAUACCGACCAUUUAUUAAUAAUUUGCAAUAGACCAAAUCGACAGGAGCUAAUUUGUACAGCCCAUUUACUGAUCAUUCACUUUCAAUAGAAUGUAAAUAUAUGCAACACAAUUUAUUUAAUGAACCAUGAACACUGUGACUUUCCAAUCCAUUUUUAGCCUCUUUUCCUUUCAUCAUCUUUGUUCACUUAACAACAUCAAGUUCUGUCAUUUGUAUUACUGUUGUGCUACAUCUGUUUUAUAAGCUAAAACUGCAGUCUGUAAUUUUUCUUUUUAAAUUAUCUGACAUAUCACUGUGCGUGCUUAUUUAA